AUGGGACACAAGGAAGAGGAUGAACAUGUGCUGUCUAACAUACCUCGUGACUCGAUCAGCAGGCGGUCGGGCUUUGCACAGCCUGUAUCCCAGAUCUUGGAGGAUGAGAAAAUGCUAGGAUCGACAACGAGCCCGCAUAUGUCAUCUUCAACGCCAGAUUUCUCUUACCGCUCGAAAGUAUCAUCCGGCACAAAGUAUCAUGAGCUUGGGUUUUCCAAUGAUGAUGGCUACCAGACACCUACGAAGAAUGAUUCGUUGCUCACAACAGACGUGCAACCGCACCAUUCUGUCGCAUCCAGACAACGUCGUGGCGCGGUUUAUCAUCUAAAAUGCUGGAUUCCUGAGAUCAUCUGGUCCGUCCUGACGAUCGGUCUCUUGGCCGCUAUCGUUGCUGUGCUGUCUCAUUUUAAUGGAAAGCCGAUGCCACAGUUUUCUCUGGACCUAACCUUAAAUACGCUCCUCGCAUUCCUCACUACCAUUUGUCGCACAAUGACGAUUAUCCCCUUGGCAGAGGCUAUUUCACAGCUCAAGUGGAAUUGGUUCGCUUCGCACCCAAGACCUCUUCACGAUAUGUACCACUUCGACCAAGCAAGUCGCGGCCCAUGGGGUUCGUUUCUUCUGUUGAUCAAGGCGAGGGGAAGGUUUAUCUCCUUUGCUUGGGUGGCGGCACUCGUCUUUUUAUCUGGCCUCUUCACAACGUUUCUCACUCAAUCGACGAUAACGUACAAGAAGGAUUGUGCUUCAGAUUUCGAUGAUUUUCAGGUUCAAGCGAAUCAAAUUGGGUACGGCAUGGCUCGAAGCGCGUACCAGGCUGCCAUCUAUACAGUGAAUGAAUCCUGGCCCGUUCCUCAGCCAAACUGCUCCGAGGUGAAAUGCAAUUGGUCCAGCUACAGCUCAUUGGGUAUGUGUGCCAGCAUCACGAACGUCACUGACCAGCUUAAUAUGACGACAACAUGGGCCCAACCAUCGUCAGAAGACCCUUCAGUCAACAUAACUGCAUACAAUAUCACUUUGCCGAAAAACUUGGGAUAUCUUCGUUGGAAAGACGUCGACGACAGUAUUCAACUCAACAUGACCACUCCUAGGAAAGAUCCAUAUGGCAUUGUCACAGACCAGGAUUCUCCACUGGAGAACAGAUGGACCUCUCUCGGUGACUGGAACAACACAGACAUUCUUUCCGCCACAGUGGCCCAGUCUUUCUACAUCUACAGUAACACGAACCCUGACCGUUCCCAAAAGUUUCGCGCUAUUGAAAUACUCUACCACUUUUGUGUGUACAACUAUGAAUCUGAGUUCAUAAAUGGCACAUCUACCACGAAAACACUCUCUUCAACCGUCCAAAUUGACCAGAUGAAUUUUCCUGGCUACAAGUAUGGACAAAAUUACACGUCUUUUCGGAUGAAAGAUGCGGAUGGUGAUGCCGCAUUCAACGUUACUGUGACUUACGCACACUCUCUACUUGCGCUCGGCCUGGGCUUCAGCGGCGCUUAUACACUGGGAGACUUCACUGGCGGCAAUGGUAUCUACGGCGAGAAUAUGGGUCGCAACUUCUUCAACGACAUGUCAAAAUCUUCUUCAGAUGCUGAAAUAGACGAGAAAACAUGGCGCAAUGCUCAGAAGCUGACCAACAAUGUUGCAGACGGAAUGACGGCUUUUAUGCGAAAUGGAGAUAACCACGAAAUGGUCAAUGACACUGCGUACAAAGAGGAGACAUUCGUACGCGUGAGAUGGGAGUGGCUGUCUUUCUUGGUUGUCCAAAUUGCACUCACCAUCAUUUUUCCUCGUUGCGGUCAUGAUACAAACGGCAAUCCUGGUUAUGGAUAUCGUCAAAAGUUCAAACACGGCCGAACUAUUCGCACUUCAAGGGCAAGGAAUCGAAAGGGUUCCUACACUCAAUGGGGAGAGUUCACUGGGCGAGAGGUUCCAAUAUAA